AUGAAGAUCGUAUGCGGAACGUCAUUCAUGAUGUACGGCUACGAUGCUGGUGUGCUUGGAGGCGUGCUUCUACAUCCGCCCUUUCUGGAUGCCAUCGGUCGCCCUAAAGAUGUAUGGACUAUCCCCAUGAUAACAGCAUCAUACGACUUGGCAGCCUGUGUUACCGCUUUGGCUAUUCUCCCUUUUACUUUUCGCAUCGGUCGACGAGGAACGAUUCUCCUCGGCAAUUUAGCCGCUGUCUUUGGAGCAGUGAUACAAGCUUCGUCGUACUCAGUCGCCCAACUCAUCGUGGGACGUCUAGUCACUGGGUUCGCAAUCGGGUGUAUCAGCUCAGCUGUGCCAACGUAUCUGAAUGAGACUGGCGUGGAGAUCGGGGACCGAGGACCAGCCAAUGCUCUGAACGCCAUUCUGCUGAUUAGCGGUGUACCGUUGGCGUAUUGGGUGGAUUUUGGCUUCACCAAAAUGUACAACCAGGCCAGUUGGCGCGUUCCCAUUGUACUACAGGUCAUAUUCGCAUUCUUCUCCGGAGGCUGCAUGUGGUUUUUGCCGGACACGCCACGGUGGUACUACGCACGUAAUCGAUGGGAGGAAGGCGACGCAGUACUCGCUCGGCUCAACGAUACACCUGUAGAGUCUGAGCAGGUGCAGAACACCCGUCGAGAGAUUCUGGCUGCCAUAGAGGCUGAGCUCGAGGCUAAUUCGAGCCUACACUGGAAACAGUUUCUAACCAUGGGCAUCGUCGACAAUACUCGUAUGAAGAUCAUUCGCCGCCUGUGCAUGUGCUUCUGGCUACCGAUGAUCCGUGAGUGGAUGGGAAGCAGUCUCAUCGCAUAUUACAGCUCAGUAAUCCUCGCUACGAUCGCCAAGCCGUCACUCGUCUCCCUACUAUCUGGCGUGCUCAACAUUUUCUUCGCGCUCGGUUGUGUGCCUUUGUACUUCACUAUCGAGCGUGUUGGCCGCCGCAGUGUACUGCUCUAUGGCGCCAUCACCAUGACAGUCCUAAUUACUAUUUUUACCGUACUCGUCGCACUAUCGACGACUGAGGCAAUCCGCUGGGCAGCUAUCGGCAUCAUCUUCAUCUUUCUAUUCGUGUUUGGCUAUGCCUGGCAAGGUUGUGUAUGGUUGUACUGUGCCGAGAUCGCUCCUCUAGAGUAUCGACACAUUGGCGGCGCAGCAACGGCAUUCGGCGAAUGGCUGAUGACGUUCAUCACAGUUUUUGCGGGACCUAUUGGCUUCGAUAAAACUGGCUGGUACUUUUGGCUGUGGGUGGUGUCGGGUAAUGUCAUCGCCGUGCUGUUCGUUUUCCUGCUCUGCCCAGAAACAGGUGGUAAAACUCUUGAGCAAGUGGAUUACUUAUUCGUGGACAAGGGGUUCGCAGGAUUGAGGAGGAACUUUGAUGUUGACGUUCAUGGCUUGGAUUUGUGGAAUGAUAAGGAUAAAGAGAAAGAGAUGGAAAGGCAUGAGAUCGCGCCUUGA